CUCCUCCUCUUUCUCUCCGGCUUUGUACCCAUCUUAAAGCACGCUGCGGCUAGCUUCUCUGAAACACCGGAGUUGCUAAACAUCUGAAAAUGGCUUUCCACGUCCCCAAACCUCCGGGCUUUGCCCAGAUGUUGAAGGAUGGCGCCAAGCACUUCUCAGGACUUGAGGAGGCAGUCUUUCGUAACAUCAGAGCAUGUAAGGAGCUUUCUCAGACCACACGAACAGCCUAUGGCCCUAAUGGUAUGAACAAAAUGGUCAUCAACCACUUGGAGAAACUGUUUGUUACCAACGAUGCAGCGACAAUCCUCAGAGAGCUUGAGGUGCAACAUCCAGCAGCCAAAAUGAUUGUGAUGGCAUCCCACAUGCAAGAGCAAGAAGUUGGGGAUGGUACCAACUUUGUGCUGGUGUUUGCUGGAGCUCUGCUGGAACUGGCUGAAGAGCUGCUUAGGAUGGGCCUGUCUGUGUCAGAGGUGAUUGAUGGCUAUGAGAAGGCUUGUAAAAAAGCUCUAGAGAUCCUGCCAGACUGCGUAUGUUCCUCAGCCGAAAACCUCCAUGAUGUAAAAGAGGCCACAGCUCUCAUCCGCACAGCAGUAAUGAGCAAACAGUACGGGAACGAAGACUUCCUCGCCAACCUCAUUGCACAAGCCUGUGUAUCUAUAUUCCCAGAGUCCGGUAAUUUCAACGUUGACAAUGUCAGAGUAUGCAAGAUUUUGGGUUGUGGAGUGACAGCUUCUUCCAUGCUUCAUGGCAUGGUCUUUAAGAAGGAGGCAGAGGGAGACGUCACAUCAGUUAAAGAUGCUAAGAUCGCAGUGUUCUCCUGCCCCUUUGACUGCAUGGUGACAGAAACCAAGGGCACAGUGUUGAUAAAUAACGCACAGGAACUCAUGGACUUCAGUAAGGGAGAGGAGGACAUGAUGGAGGCUCAGGUUAAGGCCAUUAAAGCGACCGGAGCGAAUGUGGUGGUAACAGGAGGGAAAGUGGCCGACAUGGCGCUGCAUUACGCCAACAAGUACCAGCUGAUGGUGGUCAGACUAAACUCCAAGUGGGACCUCAGGAGGUUGUGCAAGACUGUAGGAGCUGUAGCUCUACCCAAAAUUACGGCCCCGACUCCUGAUGAGUUGGGUCACUGUGACAGCGUGUACCUAACAGAGGUGGGAGACACUCAGGUGGUGGUCUUCAAACACGAGAAAGAAGACGGAGCCAUCUCCACCGUGGUGAUCAGAGGCUCCACUGAUAACCUGAUGGAUGACAUCGAGAGGGCCAUAGAUGAUGGAGUCAACACUUUCAAGGUUCUAGUUAGGGACAAACGUCUGGUACCUGGGGCCGGAGCCACUGAGAUCGAGCUGGCCAAACAGAUCACCUCAUACGGCGAGUCUUGCCCCGGUUUGGAGCAGUACGCCAUCAAAAAGUUUGCAGAAGCCUUUGAGUCGGUGCCUCGCGCCCUGGCUGGGAACUCCGGUGUGAAGGGGAACGUGCUCAUCUCCAAACUGUAUUCUGAACAUCACGAGGGAAACAAAAACAUGGGCUUUGAUAUUGAAGGAGAGGGCCCUGCUGUGAAGGACAUGCUUGAAGCUGGAGUUCUGGACCCGUACCUGGUCAAACACUGGGGCAUCAAACUGGCCACCAAUGCUGCCAUCACAGUGCUGAGGGUGGAUCAGAUCAUUAUGGCCAAACCUGCAGGUGGACCCAAACCUCCACAGGGCAACAAGAACUUGGAUGAAGAUGACUGAACUUGCUGAUGCUCCUCUAACCCUGAACGCUUCACAGAUCUUUUCUACUUGUUUAUUUAAAGCUCAACUCUUUGGUUUAUGUUCUAGACACCCACUGCUUGUAUUGGUGAACAUACGUGGAGUUAAAAAGUGCAGGUGGCUCCGUUUGCUUUUUAUGGUCUUAGGUCCCAAAUAAAAGGCAUGUGCGCUGUCA